AUGGAGACUGAGAAAAUUCUAAGACUCGAUGAAUUUUAUCAGUUUCCAUGGCUCCGCGAGUACAUCGAACUGAAUACGCGAUUUAGGGCAGCAGCUAAAAACGAUUUUGAAAAAAAUUUGUACAAACUAAUGAACAACGCGGUAUUUGGAAAAACUAUGGAGAACGUGCGCAGUCACGUGGAUGUAAUGCUGUUAACGAAAUGGAACGGAAGGUACGGCGCGGAGGCAAUGAUCGCUAAACCGAAUUUUCACAGUCGCAGCGUCUUUUCGGAAAACCUGGUCGCGAUCAAAAUGCGUAAGCUCGAGGUGAAAUUCAACAAACCGAUCUACGUGGGUAUGUGCAUCCUCAACAUAUCCAAGGUCUGUUUGUACAAGUUUCACCACGAGUACAUGUUACCUCUUUAUCAUAAUAAAUGCAAAGUUGUGUAUACUGACACCGAUAGUUUAAUUUACCAUAUCGAGUGCGACGACGUGUACGAUCAAAUGAAACGUGACAUUCCGAGAUUUGAUACAAGCGAUUACACAUCCGACAACAUAUAUAAUAUUCCGCUCAUGAACAAAAAAGUGUCAGGUUUAAUGAAAGAUGAGAACAACGGCGCGAUAAUGACCGAAUUCGUCGGACUUAGAGCGAAAAUGUAUGCUUUGAAGGUAGACGGUAAAAAAGAUACGAAGAAGGCGAAAGGAGUUAAGACGAAUGUAGUCACACGAACAAUAACGUUCAACGAUGUGGCUGACACGUCGCCCAACCGUAUAAAUUAUUAA